AUGAUUGCGGAAGAAAUCGCAGGAGAUUCAGAAAGAGGUGAAACAGAUAAGAAUGGCAAGCAGAAGAAACGAACAAACAUGGCGUGUAUUCGAUGUAGAACACGGCAUGUACGGUGUCCUGGUGGUGACCCCUGUAAAAAGUGUCAGUUAGCCAAGACCAAGUGUGAGUACGUGGAAGCAGAUAAAAAGAUUGUUGUUUCGAUGAAAUACCUCUCGAAGCUUCACGACGACAUUGCCCGCCUAAAGAAAGAGAAUGCUACUUUGAGGACAAAUCUUAAGAAUGAGGAGUUAAGGCGAACGGGUGAAAAUGGUUCGAGAAUAGGUAACUCAUUUGAGUAUCAUACAAAAACCCCACACAACCAGCUUUUAUUCAAUGAAGUCACCAGUUCAGCGUUUAAUACCGGUGAGAUCAUUCAGCCGUCACUUGAUAAGUAUGGACGGCUUAUUCAAUCCCGUACUGGAGAAAGAAUCUAUGUGGGGUCUUCUUCCAUGACAUUGUUUGGAUUGGAAAUCCAGAAUAUGGUACCCGCUGCUUACAGUCCUUCUAAUAACGGAAAUGCAGCCAAUAGUCCAUUAUCGACCAUGUCAGAAUCAGGAGCGGGUGCUGACAAAAGAGAAGCUGAAGUUAUGGAAAAGGAAGGAAACGCCUACAAAAUUACAUUGGCCAAAACUAACACUCGACCUGGACUUUCAAUCAACUUCACUUUACCUUCUUAUUCAUAUGCCAUGUUACUUGUGGACAAUUUCAUCAAUUAUAACGAUGGAUGCUUUUACUUUUUCAAUGAAGGUCUAGUCAAAAGGUUUCUAAUGAACUUAUACUCUGGUAAUACUGAAGAAAACAAAAAGAUCAUGCGGAGAAACCUUAAUCUUACCAAAAGAUACGAUGCUGAUGAGAACUCAAUCAAGAACGAUAGAGAUGAUGAUACGAUCCUCGAAACCAUGUGGUUUUGUAAGAUUUUAUUGAUAUUUGCAACUGGGGAGAUGUACUUGGGUACUGAAUCUGAUGUUCAUAUCAAAACAGCUAAGCACCAGUAUAAGGCCGAAAACAAGAAACAGAAGAAAGAAGCAAAUACAAAUCGAACUUUUCCGAAGAAUACUUUACCAGGUUCAGGUUAUUUCUACCAAGCUUCUGAACUCUUUACUGGUUUAUUUGCUUCUGGAGCUAUCGACAACAUUACUAAAGAUGGAGGUAUAGAAGUCAUGUUGUUAUAUGCUUUCUUUCUUCAGGUUGCAGAUUGCACAAUUGCAUCAUAUUUUUACUUUGGGUUGGCUUUAAGGUCAGCUUUGAUCUUAGGCUGGCAUGUUGACUCAGAACAAAAUACGCUAGACCGGUUUGAGUUGGAACAUAGAAGAAGACUUUGGUGGACAGUCUAUAUGUAUGAAAGGAUGUUGUCAUCAAAAGCAGGGCUUCCCCUUAGCUUUUCAGAUGAUAGUGUUUCCACUGAACUCCCCAAAGAUAUUGAUAUGUCAUUGGUUGAUUUUCCUGCUGAUGACAGCGAUGUCAGAGGGUACUACAUAUUCCCUUCAGCUGAGUACAUCAACAACUGUGUCACAAUUACUCAGAUCAACGCAAUAAUCUUAUCAUGCCUAUAUACCAAGCAACCAACUAUUAAUAUUCUCCCAGUUGUGUCUGAUUUGGUACACAGACUUAUGAAUUGGAAGAACAGUUUGCCCGAAUUCUUGAAGAUUGAUUUCCAAAGUGAGGAUCUAAAGAUAUCCCGUUUAAUAGUCAAUUUGAUGACUGAAUACUUCCAGGGUAUCAACUUGGCUGUGAGGCCGUUACUUUUCCAUUUUGCUUCGAAAAAAUUGAAAGAAUUACAAACCCAAAACAACGUUAACAAAUAUGUGGAUUUGUCAAGGUACUCCAAAAACGUUAUAACUUUGUUAAAUGCUUCCUUUCAAGCUUCUAUAAAUACAGUAAGAUCGAUUUGGGCAUUACUACCGGAUAAUAUGGUGGCGUUAUUUGGGUGGAUGGACAGAGAGUAUUUAUUCACUUCAGCCUUAACAUUGAUCUUGUUUAACUCGUCAUUUGGAUUACACGAUGCCACCAAAGAACAUUUGGAUCAUGCCUUGACAGUAUUCACCAAGAUGAAAAAACUAGGAAACUAUCCUGCAGCUGUAAGGAGAGCACAACUAUUGAAGUUGAUUAGCAUUUUAGACUUCAACAGAGUCAUGAGGGACUUAUUGACUAAACAUGAUGACGAAGGACUAUUUUCAACCAGUGUUAGCCCUAAUGAUCCUGAAAUGCCUGUUGAGCCACCGACCUUGAACAUGACUAACCAUGAGAAAACUGACCAACACCAGAGUAAUGAUUCAAUCGGACAAAAUGAGCUCAACAUCAACAACGAGCUUGAACCUUUGAUCAGUAUUAAGUUUGACGCAUACGAUAUGAACGAGCUUGAAACUCUAUAUCCGAAGAAUGAAGCUGAAGGUAUCGAAGGAUUCACCGAGUUUAAUGAAGAGCAAAAAUUAUGGCACGAAAUUACCAAUGAUGCGGUUUGGUUGCAACAUGCGCCUAACAAACCAGCUUCUUCUGCAACUCCAGGAAAUGAGUUCAAUGAAUCAUCUGAUGACGGUGAAGAGAUGACUGAAGUUCUUGAAGCCUUUGACAGCAAAGUCACACAAGAUACGCCAGGCUAUGGUGAUAUGUUAAAUCACGAGUUCCAUGAUCUUAUGCAUGGCUAA